AUCCUGAGCCGACGGCACGAUUGGCCCGGGCGUUCGGGCCGUGGUUGCAUUGUCACCGGCAAUGAGCGGCGCGAGGGCGGUAGCGGCUGGUUCCCUGCGGCGCCUGCGCACUGGCGUCCGGACAGGUACCGGCCACUCGCGGUUGUGGUCCGGCGCAGGGUACCAUGCCGGGGAAUUUCAAGUCCUCAGGGUAUAUCAAGAGGCCCCUGUAAUGCUUGCCUCUUUUUGUUUUGGGUUUCUGUUUUGUUUUUUAGUUUUUUUGAUUUUCUUUUUCCAGAAAAUGUGGGAUCAAGAGAAGGACCAUUUGAAAAAGUUCAACGAGCUGAUGGUUGCGUUCAGGGUUCGACCUACAAUUCUGAUGCCCUUGUGGAAUGUGGCAGGCUUUGCACUGGGGGCAGGAACUGCCUUGCUGGGAAAGGAAGGAGCAAUGGCCUGCACCGUGGCAGUAGAAGAGUCCAUUGCUCAUCACUACAACAACCAGAUCCGCACACUGAUGGAGGAGGAUCCUGAGAAGUAUGAGGAGCUACUGCAGGUUAUCAAGAAGUUUCGAGACGAGGAGCUUGAGCACCAUGACACUGGCCUGGACCAUGAUGCAGAGUUGGCUCCAGCAUAUACGUUGUUGAAGAGGGUUAUCCAGGCUGGAUGCAGUGCAGCAAUAUAUUUAUCAGAAAGGUUUUAAAGUGUGGCUGAUGAUCCAUUUCUAGAAAAGAUGGUCACGUAGGGAAUGGCGGUUGCAGAGGAGGAACUGUAUAAUUAUCACUGUGUGCUUUUUUUUUUUAAUAAACUACAAAAGGUGGUCGUUUGGA